UUUACACGUAUGCACAUGCAUCAUUAAUGGCUGAAGCAGUGUCCUUUUUGGGAUGUCGAUAUAUGUAUAUAUUGGUCUCUGAGUUAAAGAAAUGGGAUUGGGACCCCAUCAUUCAUUAAUUAAUUAAAUCAAGCUCCUGCGAUCACUGAAUUAUCCAUUAUAAAUACAAGUUCCAGUUAAGGAUUAAGGAUCAUCGCAGAAGCGAGCUCACAUGCUACUAACAAUUACUACACAUGCUAGUAGAAUUAAUGCAAUGUUUUCAAGUCUUUAUCAUGAUAGUAUUAUGAUUCUGGUUGCAAUCCCUUGUCUUCUUUUACUAUAUUUUGUCAUCAAAACACUCAAAGAAAGAUUGUUUCCAAACCCUCAUCUUCCACCAGGAAGUCUAGGAUGGCCCCUGGUUGGUGAAACUUUACAGUUUUUGCCCAUAAAUCUCCCACCUGAGAUAUUUGUAAAUUAUAGAAUGAAGAAAUAUGAUUCUCCGGUUUUCAAGACUUCACUGUUUGGAGAAACAGUGGCUGUGUUUGUUGGACCAGCUGGGAACAAGUUCUUGUUUAGCAAUGAGAACAAGCUGGUCAAUGUUUGGUGGCCAACCUCAGUGAAGAAGCUGAUGAGGUUAAGUUUGGCUAAUGUAGUUGGUGAUAAGGCUAAGAGGCUGAGGAAGAUACUCAUGACCUCCGUUGAUCGGGAUGCACUCAAGAGCUACAUAGACAGGAUGGAUUUGGUCGCACAAAACCAUAUAAGGACACACUGGGAAGGCAAGGAGCAGGUGAAAGUCCAUCCAACUGCCAAUUUAUACACGUUUGAGUUGUCUUGUCGCCUAUUUGCAAGCAUUGAUGAUCCUAUACACAUUUCCAAGCUUGCACACCAUUUUGACAUCUUUCUCAAAGGAGUGAUUCAUUUUCCUAUCUAUAUACCUGGCACAACAUUUUACCGUGCUUCCAAAUCUGGUGAUGCACUCAAGGAAGAGAUUCGGUUGGUUGCUAGACAAAGAAGAGCAGCUCUGAACAAGAAAAUGGAGUCCCACAGAAAAGAUCUUCUGUCACACUUGCUUGUGACUGCAGAUGAAAGCGGAAAGUUACUAUCCGAGUCCGAGAUUGUUGACAACAUGCUGAUGUUGCUCUUUGUUAGUCAUGAGACUACCACAUCAGCCAUGACAUGUGUAAUGAAGUAUCUUGCAGAAAUGCCAGAAGUGUACGAAAUGGUUUUGAGAGAGCAGCUUGAUAUUGCCAAGUCUAAAGAAGCAGGAGAGUUGUUGAAAUGGGAGGACAUUCAGAAAAUGAAAUACUCAUGGAGAGUGGUCUCUGAAGUUCUGAGGAUGAUACCGCCUAUCAGUGGUACUUUCAGACAGGCAAUAGUUGAUUUCACCUACGCGGGUUAUACAAUCCCAAAAGGAUGGAAGCUAUACUGGAGUCCUAACACAACAACUAAAGACCCAGCUCACUUCCCAAAUGCAGAAGACUUUGAUCCUUCCAGGUAUGAAGGAGAAGGACCAGCCCCAUACACCCAUGUUCCAUUUGGAGGGGGGCCAAGGAUGUGCUUAGGGUAUGAAUAUGUAAGACCAAAAAUACUUGUGUUCCUGCAUAACAUCGUGAAGAGAUUCAAAUGGGAUUUACUGAUUCCUGAUGAGAAAGUUCCAUAUAAUCCCUUGCCUGCACCAUCCAAUGGUCUUCCAAUUCGUAUUCAGCCGCACCAAUCCCCGGCCUAAGAUGUCACUUUCAUUGCAAGGCAAACUUCAAAAAGUACAAUAUUUCCAAUAUUUUGGCGGCUAAACAAUAUUACUUUCUCGGAUUCAACAAGUUCACAAUCCAU